AUGUCGUGUUACAAAGAAUUAACAAUUAUGCUAAGUCUAAUUAAAUUUUUUUACGUGCUUGCACACGAAGAGAGUGGUGAGAUUGCAAUGAACUUAAACGCAUCUGAAGCAGCAUUGAGUUAUUUAGCAGAGUUCGUCUGUAGAGAUUUACAAAUUUAUCAAUACGGGUCGAAAUCCUUCACCGUGUCUUCGUGUAAAGAAAAUAUGUUGGAUUACAACUCAGACCCAACUGUAGCACCACCAAAGGUGCAAGUAAAUUGUCAGUUCCAGUAUAAUGUGAGAUAUCGUCUGUCACCUGCAGUCGGAACUAGUUGGCGAUUAGUAGUUUUAUUACCAGACGAUAGAGACAAUAAUUUUAUAAAUUACGAUCUUAGAAUGAGCAAUGAACAAUUUGGUGAAGUUAGUACUUCACCCCCAGGGAACUAUACCAUUUGGGUGACUGCUUUGAACAGCAACGGUAGCCAUUCCGCAUGGAGACGUAUUCAACGUAUCGGCAUUUGGAACGAAACCGGAAAUAUAUAUAAGGAAGAAUAUAAGAUAAACGUUACUCUGUCACAUGUACACGAGAAUGAUAGCACUGUAAAAGCAUUGUUUAGUUGGAAAUCAAAUGAUGACAGCGAUGUAUGCUUUGAUGUCAUGAGCUCCUGUAAUGGAAAUACUAUAAGUGACAAAAUAUGGCCCAACCAAGACCGUUCUUGGUCUGUAGAGGAGCUGCCUCUAAAUGCAGAUUGUCAAAUGCAAGUAUCAGGAAAACAUGGGACUACCCGCUUCACAUACAAAACCCUCUCGUGUGAAAACUUCUCUUCCUGUAUUGAUUUAUCAAUGGCCAGGAACGUGACGAUAGACGCGGAAACGUCAGCGAGCGCGGGCUGGGACGUAGUGGUGAGGUGGGCGGUGCCAGCGCGUCUACCGGCGCGGUACAACGUCACAUUACGUAGCGAACACGUGCGACGUACUAUUAUUGUCCCCAGUAAUGCAACGAAAGCAGUAUUCAAUGGCAUUGAAGACGAAGGUUUCUACCACGUAUCAAUUGUGUCGAUUGUUGGGAAGAAGGGUAUACAUACAAGCAGACGAGCCGUCUUCCCUGUGCGAAUAGGCAUAAAUACCAAGAGCCUUAUAAUGACGGGUGCAUGGACUGCGGUGCUAGUGCUGGCCGCUGUUCUGGUGACCUCGCUGGUUUGCUGGAGGCGGCGCCGCGCUUCCAAUCUCAAACGACUUUAUUUUCCCGAUCCAGAAGACAAACCCUCAAAAUCUGGUUGCGAAGCUCUCGAAACUGAGUGCGGCUCUGAGGACAGUUGGGAAGUGCGACCAGAGAAACUUUUGCUGCACGAGGUCGUGGGGGAAGGUGCAUUCGGGGUGGUGCGUAGGGGCACCCUAGCUCCCGCAGCCAAGGAGGUAGCUGUGAAAAUGCUAAAAGAUUUUCCAUCUAUAGAGGAAAUAAGAGCGUUCCGGACAGAAAUGGAAUUAAUGAAGAGCGUGGGUGCCCACCCGCACGUGGUCAGCUUGGUGGGGUGCUGUAGCGGCAGGCGCCCACUCAUCGUCGCUGAGUACUGCAGCCGUGGAGACCUUCUCAGCUAUUUAAGAUGUUUAUGGGAUGUAAUGGUGUCUAAAAGGAACGUAAAAUACUAUAACAACAAUUUGGAAAGCUCCGACUAUCGGAACGACUUAUUCAAAUGCAAGUUUCAAAGGAAACACUCGAAAUUAGUUGUCAACAAAUUGUAUGAUCUCCAGGGUAUGUGCGACACGGAACUAACGUCAAAGGAACUACUGUCAUUCUGUCGACAGAUAGCUAUGGGAAUGGAAUUUCUGGCUUCGAAUAGGGUAGUCCAUAGAGACCUAGCUGCUAGAAAUAUACUCGUGUCAAGUGACAGAACGCUGAAGAUUGCAGACUUUGGAUUAUCUAGGGACGUUUAUGAAGAGAACCAGUACAAGCAAAAAGGGAAUGGUAAAAUGCCCGUUAAGUGGAUGGCGUUGGAAUCGUUGACGCGAAGAAUAUAUACUACACAAAGUGAUGUGUGGUCGUUCGGCGUGGUGGUGUGGGAAAUAGUGACGGUGGGUGCGACGCCGUACCCGCGGGUGGCGGCGGCGAAACUCCUGCGGUUACUACGAGCCGGGUACAGGAUGCCAAGGCCUAAUAAUUGCAGCAAACAACUGUAUGAAAUCAUGUUAUCGUGUUGGCAUGCAGCGCCACGAGCUCGCCCGACGUUCGCCGAGCUACACGCGCGACUCGACGAGCUACUCAGCAGCGACUGUGCACAUGAGUAUCUAUCUCUCGAACUCGAUGACGAACAUGUUGGCGUGCACAUCCCGACCAACAAUACAUCGCAUAAAAAUGUUAAAAUGAUUAUCAGACAUAAUAAUUUAUUAUUCAGAGAAAGAUACGAGCGCCCAUUCCGCGCUCCGCACUCCAACCACUACUCCUCGCCCCCUGCGUCGCUUGCCAAACAACAUUUACAACCACAACCAGCCUGACAGUACACUGACAUUUAUAGUUACUGGAUCUGAUAAAUUUGUGUUACAUAAUUAAUGUUCGUAAGUCUACACAAGAUGCUAUGGCAACACGAUCACAAUGAG